AGGUGGACCCUUUCGUCAGUCAGUGCUGAAGCUGUGUGAUAUCUGAGAGCUGCAUUUAGUCAGAUGAUGGGACAAGAGGGCAGGGGCCUUCAGGCAGGACCAUAAGCCAGUCUGAGAUUUUGUCCCAGGAGUGUCCCUGGCCUCGCCUGGCAUGGAGGACAGUCUCACAAGGCCUUCGAGCCCAGCAGGACUCUCCUGUUACAUGGCAGUCUCUCAGCUGUUAGGUUUGACUGUGAUUGCCAUGACCGGAGCCUGGAUGGGCCAAUACCGGGGUGGUAUUGCUUGGGAAAGUGCGCUGCAGUUCAACGUCCACCCUCUCUGCAUGAUCAUUGGCAUGGUCUUCCUCCAAGGGGAUGCUCUUCUGGUUUACCGGGUCUUCAGGAACGAGACCAAACGCUCGGUCAAAAUCCUCCAUGGGCUCCUCCACGCCUUUGCGCUGGUCAUCGCCCUUGUGGGUGUGAUAGCCGUGUUCGAUUACCACAGGAAGAAAGGCUUUGCCGACAUGUACAGCCUGCAUAGCUGGUGUGGAAUAACAGCCUUCAGCCUCUACUUCAUCCAGUGGCUCAUGGGCUUCAGCUUCUUCCUGUUUCCUGGAACGUCCUUCUCACUCCGCAGCAGAUACAAACCACAGCACGUCUUCUUCGGUGUCUUCCUCCUCGUUCUCUCCAUUGCCACGUGUUUGCUAGGCAUCAAGGAGCUGCUCCUCUUCAAUAUCCAGGCCACCUACAGCUCAUUCGUGCCAGAAGGGAUCCUGGCCAACGUCCUGGGCCUGCUUCUCAUCGUCUUUGGGCUGGUGAUCGGCUACAUCCUGACGCGGGACGAGUGGAAGCGGCCGCCCCUGGCUGAGGAGCUGGCCCUGUCCAUGGAUUUUAAAACCCUCACUAAGGGGGAGAGCCCCAGCGGCAGCCAGUGAUGGCUCCCUGUGCUGGGGUGGACUUUGUGGUCGUUGCUCACUCCUGCAUGUACCAGGGUCUGUUGCUGGUGUGUUGGUGUUGCUGUUACCUCUCUGCCACCUGCUGGUGGUUACGCAUACAGCUGGCGUGAGGGGGAGCAUUUGCUUUAAGCCCCCGUCUGCAGGGGUGCUGUGUGCCAAUGUAGCAGCUCUCCCAGCCCCAACCUGGCAUCACGGUGCUCUGAGACCCUGGGUUGAGCCACGUUCUCCCACUGAGGCCUUAUGCCAUCCAUGGCCACUCCCCUGCCACCCAAAUCACAGGGGAUGGGAGCUGCUCUUUGUAUGUGCCAGGCUCAGGGGCGUUCCCAGCUGGCUGAGCUGCUGGCGGGGGUUUGGUUCCUUCUCCAAACCACUGGGGGCUGGAUCCCUUGCCCCUCAAACAGCAGGACUGCAGCAUUUCCAUUUCCCAGCCUGCCUGGCACGGCAGCUUGAGGACCACUAACUCCAGGGUGGCCGAAGGUCAGGGCCUGGCUCGCUCCUUCAGUUGCCUGCACUGACUUCUUAUCCGUUCUUGAGUUCACUGAGAAGGCUGAGUGGUAUGGUUAAUACCAACCCCAGUUCUCCAGCACCCUGGUGUUAAACCCUCCCUCACUUGCACACAGUGAGCCCCUUUCCCCAUGUUGAAUGCCAAAGCUUUCUGUGCCUCUCUGGCUGUGGCAUUUGUCUAGCCCUGACCGUUCUGCAGCCAUGUCCUGAGCGUAGUGCCUCUCCAGGUCCCUGCUGGCAGCAGAACCGGCGGCGGGGACAUGUGCUGUUGUCUGCCCUGAGGAAGAUAACACCCCCGGCCCUUAAGCCCAGCCCAAACAUCAGUGUUUUUAGAAAUCCUCGUCCCUGGUACCUCUCGUUCCUGACAGGGCCCCCAGGGCUCUCGCUGGCAGCUCCAGCCAGCUGAUGUUGGGCAGAGCAGACGUGCUGGUUGGUGAGGGCUAGUGACUGGGUGGGCAGUGAAUUUUUUUAAAAAUUAUGUUCAAGUAAAGGCCUGGUUUCCCCCAGCUGUCACUGCAGGGAGCACGGCCCGUCUGGCAGCUGGCCAUGGGUCACUCGUGCAGUGGCUUUUCUAAAAUGCAGAACUUUCCCAUCUACCCCUUUGUUUGCUCUUCUCGGUAACUAGAUACCGGACUUCAGGCAUUGCUGGUGCCUGGUGAUACUGCAGCAAAGACCUCGCCUGUCCUGCAGGGUCUUUGUACCGAUCACCUGUUAAAUAUUCCCUUCUUGCACGCCCCACACCAGCUUUGUUAGCAGGAUGAGGCAGGGAUCUAGGUUAGCAGACUGAAGUAUCCCACAGACUAGAAACAGCCUGUUUAGAGCCUUCUAGUCAUCCUAGGGCCUUUCCCCAAAGCGUGGGCGGAGCACCUUCCCCCCCCCCCCCCGCUUACAGUUAAUAGACUCAGCUUUGUGGUGUGUGGCCCCGGGCACUUGCCCUGCUUGCCAGCCCUGGCUUUUACAUGCAGAGAACCAGUUGCUGUGGAGUUUUUAUCGCCUGUUGAGGGGAGGGGCUCUGGAAGGAACAGGUGGAGAGCCCCUGCGCUGGGAGAUAACGGUGGGGGGGUCCUGGCUGUUACUUAGCAGAUACUGCUCGUAAACCCAGAAAAACUUCACCACGUGGCUGUUGAUUUUCUUUGUAAACAUUUCCCCAGCCUCUGUUCAGUGCAGGCCCCUAAAGUGUCCUGAGCCCAAUAAAGAGCUGCGGGUUCGCCUGCCAAUCCUAACCCCGCUCCCACCACAGCCUCCCUUUCAGACCCCCCCCCCCGAGCAGGGGCCUCUGGAGUGAUGCUGGCUCUGUUUAACUCCACAUUCAAGCUGGGCACCCAAAAAUCACUAGUCCCCUGUGAAAACCUCAGCUCAGAUUUUACUUCCACUGCCAGAGACACACUUAAGUAAAGGUCCGUUUGGAACUUCUGUAGGGAGAGAGAUCUGGCUAGAGCGUUUUCUAACAAUGGCAGGGGGGCCUGGCUGGUUUUUGAAAGACUUGUUCUACGGCUGUUUUCCCUUGUCCUGACUAUGGGAAGAGGAGCGAAUGAAGGGUGUGCGCAGAAAAAUUUGUGCAAAACUAUUACAGCCAGUGUCUGAAAUCCUCUCUCCCCAGACUUGAGUGGAGCCAGGAUUUCACCCACUCUUCAGGCUGAUCUUGUCUCUCAGGAGGACCAAGGCAAGUCCCUUUAGCCUGAAAAACAAAUGGCCAACUCUGUAAGGUUUGCUCAGAGAAGUAACACCCUGUUAGAGAUGAGUGCACUGCUGGGAAGGGAAACACGGCCCUAACUGCCAAUAACCAAAAAAAAAAAACAAACUUGUAUCAAACAGAGGGUGUAAAGUCCCCUGAGAAAACACCUGCCAGCAAUGUGUAUUCGCAGCAGAUUCUUGUACUACGCCAAAUGCAUAUUCCUGAACUGACCCCAAAUAUUGCAACUAAUGUUUACAUGGAUGAUUAUUGUAUAGGCUUUGUUUUAAAACAAAAUAUCUUUAAAGCCAUGUCGAAGGAGCCGCAAUCAGUGCACGGGGCUGGUGGCUCAUAACGGCUAGUAAGGAAAAAACCUGUUAAUGAAAUGCCGAGCUAGACAGUCUGUUUGAAUUCUAGUUGUGGCACCUUAGAGACUAACCAAUUUAUUUGAGCAUGAGCUUUCCUGAGCUACAGCUCACUUCAUCGGAUGCAUUCACGAAAGCUCAUGCUCAAAUAAAUUGGUUAGUCUCUAAGGUGCCAAGUCCUCCUGUUCUUGUUGCGAAUACAGACUAAGACGGCUGCUCCUCUGAAACCUGUUUGAAUUCUGUUUGCCUGUACUGUACUGCACCUGAGUCGAUCAAUAAAUCCUGGUAAUGAG